AAUAAUUAUUAUAAUGAUUUAAAAGUGAAAUUAAUCAUGAAUCGAGUUUAUCAAAAUUACUAUUCAGUUAUCAUCAUGAUAAGAAUGGUGCUAUUAUAAAAAUAUAUUUUACUGAAUGUUAAUUAAUAGUAAUAAUAAUAAAAAGUGUAGAAUGUGAUUUGAUAGAUUACAUGUUGAUAAUAUGAGUCAUACAUAACCUAUUUGUCGUAGAAAUUAAUUAAAAUUUGGUUAAGUAUCAUGGCUCAGUGUAAAUUAACUCCGAGGGAGUUUAUAGGAAAUGUUUUCUCCCCACAAAUUGGUGCUGUUUGUUCACCUGCUGCUGAAGCAGCAUGUCAGAAAAAUAAUUUGUCUUUCAUUGAAUUACUCCAGCCUUUUUGCCACCUUAGUGCCGAAGGACAUAUUAAAGAUCCUCAAGGUGCGACAAUUUCUGUACGAAAUCUUCGACUCUCUAUUAAAGAUAUUUAUGGUCAGCCACCUGAGCCUACGGUCGCAAGAAAAAUGCUCAAUGAUUCUGUUAGCUCUGAACAAUGUGAAAGAACAACUUCUAUAAAAAUAGGUACAACUGAUUUAGAUAUUCCAGCAGCAAUUCCUUGGUUUGAAGCUUGGAGAGAUAUGUUUCUCACUGUUCAAUUUCCAUCUGACCAUGAAUUUACCAAGCAUUUUUUGGCUUGUUUAAUUGUUGUGUCUACAGCAGAUGACAACCCAUUAGAGAAGAUACAACAAAUGGCUGCUCAAUUGCAUCAAAGUAUGCCUGGCAAAUUGCCAAAAUGGUUCAAUAACAAUGCAUUAAGAUAUUAUAUUUUAAUUUGCGAUACUACUCAAGAUGAUAAAGCAAGGGCUGAAUCAGUAUUUACAGAGAUGAAAAAUCUUUACGAUGUUAAUAAUUGUUUUUUACUCCAAAUGAACUCACGACCCCCAGGUCAAGCAGAAGAGAAUAUUCAUCUCCCCGACCCUUGGAGCCAAUUUCUAGUAAAAUACACCGACUUGUCAAGUAGCGAUCAUAGUAGUAGCCCGAGAACUCCAGCAGACACUGGUGGGUUAAGUGCAAUGCCAAAUGAAGUAAACAGUGGAACUGAUAAAUCAAGUCAAGCAGGGACUCCAAUAGCUCCUCAGAAUCCUCCGGUAUUAUUAUCGCCGGAUGUGACUGAUAAAAUAAGUUUGUCGUCGGAGAUAUCAGAAAUUGCAGUUAUACCAGUAGAAAUAGGUCAAGAUGUUACUACUCAAUCUGUAAUGAUUCACCCAUUGAGUCCUGAAAAUGAAAAGCGAUUUACUUCGUCCUAUAUAGAGAACAUAAAGCCACAAGUUCAAUCAUCAGGAUCUCCAAUAAAUGCAAAUGUGUGGGCGGAUUCACCCAGUCGUCCUAUGGCACAGCAUGGUGCACGAUUAUCAACGCAAGAUCUAGAUAAAAUAAAAACGAUGAUCACUGAUUUCUGUUUAAAAAGUUUGUUGCCUUAUGUUGAGAAGCAGAUAAGUCUCCUAAAUGAUGUAAUUACCAACAAAAAAGGGGUAAGUCGUUCAUUAUUUAGUGCAACAAAACGGUGGUUCGGUACAAACAAACCAGGGGCUCCAGGAUCAACGACAACUAAUGCAGUAAUUUAUACUGCUGAGUCACCUGAACUCCAACUACGUCGAUUAGGUGAUCUCUGUUUUAUGUUUAAUCAUUAUGCUCUAGCAUACCAAGCUUAUCACAGCGCAAAAAGAGAUUUUGCUGCUGAUCAAGCGUGGCUUUAUUAUGCAGGAGCUUUAGAAAUGGCUGCUCUGAGUGCAUUUAUGCAAGGAGAAAUGACCAGAAAGACUAUUGAAUACAUGGAUGAUGCAAUUUUAACAUAUUUAAAUAGUUGCAAAAUGCCUCAGUUUGCCACAAGAGCAACUUUACUUAGCUCUGAAUGUUUAAAAGGUCGAAAUUUAUUCGGAGAUGCUGCUAAGCAGCUAAUUCGUAUGACUAGUGAAGAUUCUGAUUUACGAUCUGCUCUUUUACUCGAACAAGCGUCAUAUUGUUUCAUUUCAUCCAAAAUGAUACAUAAAUAUGCGUUUCAUGCAGUUUUAGCUGGACAUAGAUUCUCCAAAGCAGGACAGAGAAAGCAUUCUUUACGGUGUUAUCAACAAGCCUAUCAAGUUUAUCGGGAUAGAGGAUGGUCUUUAGCUGAGGAUCACAUUCAUUUUACUAUUGGAAGACAAGCAGCAUCCUUGAAGAAAAUGGAUGAAGCAGUGAAAGCUUUUGAGAAAUUACUUAGUCCGUCGAGUAAACAACCAGCGACUCAACAAACAGCAUUUCUCCGUGAAUUUUUACACAUUCAUAAUUUAUUACUACAAGAAGCUCCAUCACACUUUCACGGUCUUCCAGUUCUACCUCUACCUUUAAUAGAUGGUAAUGAAAUAAAAGUAUACUUAGGACCACUAAUGCCAAUGGAAGAUAAUAACGUAGUUGAUGUUUUCAAUCGCCAAGAUGAAGAUGACACACGAUGGAUAAAACUUGAGGAAAUACUUGUUACAGAAGCUCAGGGUACUGUUCCUAUGAUUUUUAAACCAACAAUUCCACUAUAUUCAAAUAAAACUAAUAAUACUUCCAAACCUAAUGCUGUGGUUGAUGAACCAAUUCAUUUAUCUAUUGAAUUACAUAAUCCCCUUCGUAUUCCAACUCCUUUAUCGAAAAUUAAACUAAUAUGGGCUUUCACCAAAGAUGGGCAAACUGUUAGUAAUGAAACAUUUACAGAAAAUUCAUUAUUGGAAUCUAGUUCAGUUGAAACUGCCAUUGUGGAUUCAAUUGUAAUUCCAGCAAUGUCUAAACAGCGCCUGGUAUUAUCAUGUACACCUACACAAACAGGAGAUUUAAAAAUUCUUGGAAUAUCUUAUAAUUUAUCAAAUCCCACAGUUGGAUCUGAUCUUCCAGUUAUUAAUCCAUCAAUGAAUAUUCGUGGUAAACGACUGUUCGAGAUCCGUGGACCGAAGCUCAAAAAUGUUAAAGAGAAGCCAGGUGCAAUGAUGUACAGUGCUGAUUAUAGAUUGGAAAUGAAUGUUGUUGACAAAGCACCUUUUAUGCAGGUUUCAUUUAGCGAAAUAACACCACAGAUGUUAUGUGGAGAAAUGAAAAGACUCGAAGUGACAUUAAAGAACAUAGGAAAUGCUCCUUUGAUGAAUAUAUUAAUUGGAUCUACUGAUGCAAGAUUAUUUUGUUUAGAAAAUCAGACAUGUGGAUUGAAUAAGGAAGAAAAAGAGAAACUUAAUAGUCCAGUAAGUAGGAUAUGUCUACCGAUAUCUUCUAAAGGAUGUUUAGAUAUUGGAGAAACAUUUAAAAUGCCUCUCUGGAUACGAGCACCCCAUGAAAAAGGAAACCACCGUCUAGACUUGAUGUUUUAUUAUGAAAAUCCUGAGCCCAAAAGUAUUCCUAAAUAUCGGGUUUCAAGACAUUCUUGGAAAUUAGAAGUUAUUUAUUCAUUGCAAAUAAAAGCUAUUGCAAGGCCUAGUGCGGUUACUAAAGAUAAAUCUUCAACAAUGAAUCUCAUAGUUCAAUUAAAAAAUCAAACUAUGAAUUCUGAUGUUUCUGAAAUAUCUCUAACUAAAAUGUUACUAAAAAGUAAUAACUGGAAAUUGGAUUCAAGUGACCAAUUAUUUAACUAUAAAAUAAAAUCUCAGGAAUCCUGUCAUUUAUUGCUCAAAAUAGUAAGAAGAAUGAAUGAAAUUGGUCUAAAUUCUUACUCUGAUGUUUUACUUGAUAAUAAUGAAAAUCAAUCCAUUGAUUUGCCUUAUAUUGAAUUUAUUGAAAGGCGGAAUAUUAACCCCCAAUGUUUAAAUGAGAAUUUUGUAGCUAAUUCAACGAUUCCUGCAAAAGAAUCGUCUCUAGUCGAUACUGUGAAAAUUGGUGCAACAAUAAUCUUACGAUGGCGAGCUAAAAUUCUUGAGAAUAAUAGUUCUAAUACUCGUGAUGUUAUAGGACAGCAUUACCUAGAUCUUGACCUAGUUAAUAAGAUGUAUAAACAUCCUACAGAGCCACAAGUUGAACAAACGGAGUAUUCAAGCCGGUUAAAAAUAUUUGGACCAGAUCGUAACAUCCCUGACUCUACAAAUACGAAGAAAAAAGACAUUAUUAAUGAAUCUGAGCUUCAAAAAAAUGUGAUAACCUAUUCUUUGAGUCAUGUUAGGAAAUUAAUACAUAAUUUUGAUCAACAAUUACUCUGUAUCAUUCCUGUAAUGUUACAUCUUCAGAAUAAUACCCAAUCAAAGGUUUCAGUCAGAGUUAAUACGAUUGGUACCAGUAGUCAAUCAUUUUUGCCAAAUGUGAAAUCGCAACUCUACUCGCCCCAGGCAUCUACAUUUUUUCGCUACACCUGUCAUACGACUAUUUGCUGUCAAAUAGAACCGUAUGGAAGAUACACAGUUAAUCUUCAUGCCGUUACUUCUUCGCCGGGUACUUAUGAUUUAGCAUCAAGAUUAGAUCUUUUUGCGAAACUCGAAGAAUUUGCUAAUUUCGUACCGCAAAAGUGGCGAACAGAAAGCGUAUGUACCGUUAGUGAAGGAGAUGUGUAAAUUAAAAAAUGUUUUUUAGAUAAAUACGAAUGCAAAAUCAUUCCUUAGAAAAAAAAACAUUCAUUGUAAAUAAUUUAUUCUACGAAUAAAAACCAUUUGAAUAUUUUAUAGGAGAGUUUCGAGAGAAGAUAAAACAAGAAAUUUACUAUUUAAAUUAGUAUUUUUAAUUCACAAAUGAUUUAAUACUCUUAUGUGCAUUUUAAAACAUUUUACUUAUUAUCAAUUAAAUAUAUUUUAAGUUAUAAAAAUCUGAAGAUAAUUAACUAUGCUUAUUUAUAAAUUCAAAUGAAUGAAUGGCAAUAAUAGAAACACACACUGCGAGUAGAAAAAUUUAAUUCCAUCCACUUUUUGGUUAAUAAACCUAUAAAAAACAUAACGGAAACAUAUCGCAAAAAACAGUUAUUGCCAAAAAUAAUGCACUAAUUAUUUUAUCACAAUAUUUAAAAAAUACCUCUGUAUAGAAAAAUUAAUAAUAAUUUAAUGUAUAAUUAAAAUUAUGCAAAAGUUUAUACAUAUUAUAUAUUUAAUUAUUAAUAUUC